AUGUUCAACAUUUUAUGUUUAAUAUGUGUUGGAGUGCUGUGGGGCUGCACAAAUCCCUUUAUUCGCCGUGGAAGUGAAGGUAUUGAACGCAUAAAUACCGGCUCAUCUACGAAAAACCUGUGGCUGGAAAUGAAAACCAUAGCAGGACGUUUAAAAUAUUGGAUACCAUUUGCAUUGAAUCAAUUGGGCAGUGUUCUUUAUGUUUGGACAUUGCAAUUUUGUGAAAUAAUUGUUGCCGUUCCCGUGGCCAAUUCAUUGACAUUUGCCUUUACCGCCAUUACAGGCUAUUGUUUGGGUGAAAAGAUACCGGGCAGAAAUGUCAUAAUUGGCACACUUUUGGUGUGUCUGGGUUCAUCGAUAAUGCUAUAUGAUCAGGCAUUAAGAGAGCAGGCUGUAAUGGCGGCCCAGUGA